AUGAGCAAAUCUGGGACAGUCUUCAAAGAGUGCAUUGCACGUCAUUAUUGGCACCACAUGGAUGAUCGGAAGCGUUUCGUCAAGAUUAUGAUUGGUGAUUUAAAAAAUGGGGUGACCAUACCGAAGAAGUUUGUGGCCAACAUCAGAGAGCAAAUGUCUGAACAAGUCACACUCAAGGUGCCAAAUGGCAAGACAUACACCGUUGAGGUUGCUAAGGAACAACAGAACAAGCUGGUCCUUCGGUCUGGAUGGGCAGAAUUUGUGAGUGCUUACAAACUUGAACAAGGUGAUCUUUUAGUGUUCAAAAACAGUGGGAACUCACACUUGAAAGUCCGAAUCUUCGAUCCAAGUGGUUGCGAGAAAGAGCUCUCCUGCGUUCUGCUGGACAGCACCCCUUGUAUGCAAGAAAGGAAAGGUUCUCAUGGUAAGCAAAUGCAAUCACCAACAGGCAAAAGGUUGGCAGUUGGUAGCCCAAGCGGCAGCAGAAAGACUCUGAAGAUGAACCCAACAGACUCUCCAUCAAAGAAGAAAAGACAUGUGUCUCCUACUAAGAGGCAUGGAGUUGCUAACCCUCAAUACAUGCUCCCACGGCACACAUCUCUAACUGAUGAACAGAGGAGUAAAGUAGAAGAGAAAGUUGGAGCUAUCCAGUCGGAGACUCCCAAGAUGAACCCAACAGACUCUCCAUCACAGAAGAAAACUGGACAUGUCCCAUCUUCUGAAGGCAUUCAUCAGGAGCCCAUCAAUUCAGGUGUCUCCCAGAAGCUCAUCAAGUCAUGGAUAGCAUGCAGUAUGACAAGUGAGCAAAAAGCUAAAGUUAUCGCCCUUGAGCAGAAAAUCCAACCCAAAAUUCCUUUUUACAUCACGGCAAUGUACAAGGACAGUUUGGCUUCUGGAAUUCUGCCCAUCUCCAAGAAAUAUGCCAUUAAACACCUCACAAACGAAAAUGGGACCAUCCAGCUCUGUCAACUUGAUGGUAGCAAGGUACGGACCAUCAAUUUGGACAUAACCACCGAUGACCACUGUGCUGUUUCUACGGGCUGGAUGGGCUUCAUUCGCCACAAUAAGUUGCAAGAAGGUGAUAACUGCAUUUUCCAAUCAUCAAAGAGCAAGAAGGUGGGGGAAUUGCGUUGGAUGGUGGCUGCUUCAGGAGUUCAGGUCCGUGCAGCUGGAAGGAAGAGCCCCAAAGUGCUGGAAAAUUUCCCUUACAGGUGUCUGAAAUUAUUUUUUGAAGAAAACAGGAGAGGUGGUAGGAUGAACAAAUCAGCUGGGACAGUCAGCAAAGAGUGCAUUGUACAUCAUUAUUGGAAUCACAUGGAUGAUCCGAAGUGUUUCUUCAAGGUUAUGAUUGGUGAUUUCAAAAAUGGAGUGACCAUACCGAAAAAGUUUGUGGCCAAUAUCAGAGAGCAAAUAUCUGAACAAGUCACCCUCGAUGUGCCAAAUGGCAAGACAUACACCGUUGAGGUUGCUGAAGAACAACAUAAUGAGCUGGUCCUGAGGUCUGGAUGGGCAGAAUUUGCCAGUGCUUACGAAUUUGAACUAGGUGAUCUUUUAGUGUUCACAAACAGUAGGAACUCACACUUAGUCCGAAUCUUUGAUCGAAGUGGUUGCGAGAAAGAGCUCUCCUGCGUUAUGCUGGACAGCAUCCCUUGUAUGCAGGAAAGGAAAUGUUGUCAUGGUAAGCAAAUGCAGUCACCGACAGGCAAAAGGUUGGCAGUUGGUAGCCCAAGCGGCAGUAUUAGAAAAACUCCGAAGAUGAACCCAGCAGACUCUCCUUCAUCACAGAAGAAAACUGAACAUGUCCCAUCUUCUGAAGGCAUUCAUCAGGAGCCCACAAAUUCAGGUGCCUCCCAGAAGCUCAUCAAGUCUUGCGUUGUCUUACCAGCAGGAUGCAGUAUGACAAGUGAGCAAGAAGCUAAAGUUAUCGCCCUUGAGCAGAAAAUCCAACCCAAAAUUCCUUUUUACAUCACGGCAAUGUACAAGGAAAGCUUGGCUUCUGGAAUUCUGCAAAUCUCCAAGGAAUAUGUCAUGGAACAUCUCGCAAACGAAAACGGGACCAUCCAACUCUGUCAACUUGAUGGUAACAAAGUAUGGACCAUCAAUCUGUACAUAACCAGUGACCCUCACUACGCUGUUUCUACUGGCUGGCUGGAGUUCAUUGGCCACAAUAAGUUGGGAGAAGGUGAAAUCUGCAUUUUUCAACCAGCAAGGAGCAAGAACGACAGAGUGAAACUGAUAUUUCGCACUCUUGAAGAAAACCGCUGCCUGCAGCCACCAGGAUUUGUGUCUCCAACUAAGAGGCAUGGAGUUGCUAAGCCUGCAUACGUGUUAUAUAUAAAUACAAGUAAAAAGAAAAGAAAACUACCUUUUCAUUUUUCGAAGGGAAUCAGUUCAGCGUAUGCUAGAGAGUAUCUUCCAGGCGGCGGCGGCGGCGAGAAGCAGCUGACUAUGAGGAUGAGGCUUCGGCGCAAGGACGGUGCAUGGGAACCUGAAUUCCAGGACAAGUACGGGAGGCAGCAGAUCCUUGGUAAAGGCUGGAAAAAGUUUGUGACUGACAACAAGCUGAAACAAGGUGACAUCUGCCUCUUCAACCUGGUGAAGAACACCAAGACGCUGACGAUGGACGUCCACAUCAUCCGGAAGAGAUCGGUGUAG